GGAUCACCGUCACUGAGCUUCACCGGUCCAAUACCGCAGGUCGGCUCAGCGCGAAGGCGGCCGCCGCGUACCACCAGAGCCCCAAGAGCCGAGGUGACCGCCACGAGGAUCCCCGACACUAAGAGGACGCGCCCACCGCAGUUCCGCCACGCCGGAUCCCUUCCCCCACCCUGCCGAGUAGGCCCCCCUUCCAGUCGGUCGCCGCCCGUCUUCCGCGCCUGCGCGAAUCUCGCUGCUGCGCGCUCCAAAAGUCACGCCUCUCGCGUUGGGCCACGCCCUCGGAGGCUCCGCCUGUCGCCCGGAUCCCACCCCUCUGUCCGCAGGACCCCGAACCCCAAUGAUCCUUCAGCAGCAUCUGGAGCGAGGCCCCCCAGGUCGGGCGCAGCGUGACCCGCGGGUCGCCUCGGGGGCGGCUCGAGGCCUGGACGCGAGCUCCCCUCUCCGAGGAGCUGUGCCCAUGAGCACCAAACGGCGCCUGGAGGAGGAGCACCUGCUUGCCUCCUGGUCUCUCCCUAGGGAGCCCCUGCGCAAGCAGUUCCUGUCUGAGGAGAACAUGGCCACCCACUUCUCUCGACUCAGCCUGCACAAUGACCAUCCUUACUGCAGCCCCCCUGUGGUUUUCCCCACAGCUCUUCCCCCACUCAGGAGCCCUGGCUCUGAGCUGCUUCUCUGGCGAUACCCUGGAAACCUGAUCCCUGAGGCUCUCCGGAUGCUGAGGCUGGGGGACACCCCUGCCCCCCACUACCCUGUAACCCCAGUUGGGGACGUAAUGGAGCUCUAAGUUCUGUCAGGCAGUACCCCUGCCCACCCUCCUUCUCUCCAGUAGGGGAGACCAACAACCCCAUGAAGGGACCAGCUGCCCUGCUUUUCCUCCAGACCAGGUCUCUGGGCACCAGGACCGUCCCCCAAAAGAGGACACUAAGCCCAACAGAACCCUGGGGUGGGAGGGGCAGGAGGGACAGCAGCAUAGGAAUGGAGGCAUCCCCCCUUCCCCCCCUCCCCAAGAACUGAAUAAAGAUUGUUGCGCAGAGGAA